UCUUUUCGCCUUCAUCUGCCAUCUAUACUGCUCACUGCUCAGUCUGCUGCUAUCUGCAUCUUCCAUCCUGCUUUGUGCGUGCCAUCUCGUCACCUCCUCCACUGCAACAACCCAAAGCAAACGCAAUAGAAAGCACUUACACAGCCAGACAGCUUCACAGACUGCUCACAACAACACAGGAUGAGCAGCAUUCAUCGCUCGCGCGUCGCGUCUCUCUACAAGCGAUCCCUGACACUUACACGAGACUGGACUGUCCACCGCGAAUUGUGGUUCGAGGAGGCAGCUGCCAUUCGCAAGCGAUUCGAGGCGAAUCGACAAGUGACGAAUCCGAGGCUUGUUGAGGAUUUGUUGAGGAAGGGCGAGGAGAUGUUGGUUGCGCGGAAGCAUCCGGAUCCUUAUAUUGUACCGACAUUCCCUGGAGGCUCGAAAUGGGAGCGAAAUCUGCAUCCGCGUAUUGGUGAGCCGAAGGAGAUUCACUGAGCUGAUGAUGCACGUACAAUUGCAGCUGUUGUAGUCAAUGUGACAAUGCUGUUUCUCGAUCUAGCUGGUGUGAUUGAUGCGAUCGCUUGCUGUGAUGCUUAUGGUAUUAUGGCUUAGUCUUAUGUGCUUGUGUGACUACUGG